AUGGUUGCAACCUCUGGAACCCCAUCACCAGCAUCGUUCAACUCGGUACCGACUAUUCCCUCCUCAGUUGGCUCUUCUCUUUCUCCCGUUCUGCCAUCGGAGAAACCUAAAGUCGGAUCCUGUCCACCAACAACGGCAGCCUUCGUCCCCUACUCAACAUCAACUGAACACCACGGCAGAUGGUGUCGCUUCAAGAGCUGCUUGAAGAAGCUUUGGAGACGAAGCGCCAAAGGUAUGGCUUUCUUUCUGGAAGCUCUACACGAUACGAUUCUCGACCGCGAGGGGAAGAAGGAUCCGACUGGCAAGCCAAAUGUAAAGGACACUUCAUCCUCUUCUCAGCAUGAGGAUAUUAGGAGUAUAUAUGGGACAUCGCUGACACCAUCAAUCGUUUCCUCGGCAUCGACCGCGUCUACAGAGAAAUACUGUCUGGAGACACCAGACCUAGGCUCUCCAAUAGAACUAGAUAUAUCCCUCUUCACGACUACUUCACUCCCGUCCGUCGGAAGAGACUCCAAUAGUACUACAUCGACUCGGAGAACGAAGCCUCCCAGUUUUCAAAACCUUCCCGUCUCACCGCUAGCCCCCACCGAUCUCUCGAUACCAAUAUCGCCGCCUCUUCCCAUGACAUCACCUUCUGAACCGCAACGACCGCGCCUAUACACUUCAUUCUCACCACCCCGAAUCCCAAUUGAUCCCCAUGCCAUCCCGUCUCCGGCAUCGCACACUCCCACGAAUGCCUCUCCCGCGGCGUCCACAGACAAAUACGGCGAUGGCGAUGCCGGCGUCAUCGUGUUCGAAGAGAACGCAGUGGCGCGAAAGGGGCGGGUCGUAUGGCUUGCUGAGGAACUGGUCACCAUGUAG